CUUCUCAUAUCGAAGCGACCCGCUGAUGGCUCCCUUCGAUUCAAAACGACGGAAGCCAUUACGUAUGGUAAGCCCAUACUAAAAAGCGUUGAACCGCUCAAGUCGUUGAUCGCCAAUUUCCAAAACAUGCGCAGUCUUAGAAAUACUGUACGAAAAGUCACUCAACGCGGUCGAUCUAAUCGGAGGUACAUAAAGCAGAUUGAAUGCGCAAGAGAUAAUUUGCAGUCGCUCAUAUACAAAAUGAAAGCCGUCGUGAUAAGCGAAGAAACGGAGCUCUUGUAUAUGCUGGGAACACGAAUCACAGAAGCUCCCAGCAACAAAAACAGACUUGCCCGCAAGUUAAACUAUCCUAGGGCACAAAGCGCACAUGAGGACCCUAGAACGGAAACUGCCAUUGCUUAG